UUAAUUAAGUGUGAUAGUAAUUGAAGAUGAAACUGGUGGGGGUAAUGCUUCUUCUCCUCUCCUUCCAGCCAUGGCCAUUAUUUCCCAAUAUACCCUUCAUCAUGUCAACAUCACUCAUUCUAAAUAAGAGAAAUAAUCUUAACCCCAAAGGAGACGAAGCCCCGGGUUUUCUUUCUUCUUCUUCUUCGUCGGUAUACGUUGUUGGGGAGCAAGAGGGAUUGAGGGAGGCGGAUAAAAUCGCCGGUGGCCUGCCGGAGCAACCCCCCGGAGUGGAGUUUGACCAGUACUCCGGCUAUGUCACGGUGGAUCCCAAGGCCGGAAGGUCUCUGUUUUAUUACUUUGCUGAAUCUCCUCACAGUCCCUCUGCCAAGCCUCUAGUCUUGUGGUUAGCAGGAGGACCAGGAAGCUCAUCACUUGGAUAUGGAUCAUUUUUGCAAAUUGGACCUUUCAAAGUGCACAGUGAUGGGAAAACACUGUACAAGAAUGACUAUUCUUGGAACAAAGUGGCAAAUGUGUUGUUCCUGGAAUCGCCAGCGGGAGUGGGAUUUUCCUACUCAAACACAACUUCUGACUAUAACACCACGGAUGACAAGAGAACAACCGCGGAUGCGUAUUCCUUUCUUGUAAACUGGCUCCAAAGAUUCCCACAGCAAGAACCGGGAACUUUACCUGUCAGGAGUGAGCUAUGGUGGGCGUUUUGUGUCCGAGCUUGCUUACACCAUUCUACUCCAUAACAAAAAUCCCACUCUACCAUUCAUCAACCUCAAAAACAUUGCAAUUGGGAAUCCAGUCCUGGAUAUUCAUUUAGCAUCGAAAGGAAACAUAGAUUAUCUAUGGGCACACGCGAUGGUCUCAGACGCAACUCAUGAAGCAAUAACAAAAUACUGUGAUUUUGAGAGCGGAAACUAUUCUGAAAAGUGCAAAGAGUACAUCUCUAGAGCAAAUUCGGAGGCUGGGCCUGUGCUUAGAGAUAACAUUUACUCUUAUAACUGCACCCCCGCUACAAAAAACGCCGCAUCAAAACCUCAAUCUCCUCCUGUUUCGGGAUUCGAUGAGUGCUCGCGCUAUUAUGUGGAAGCAUACCUUAAUCGAAGGAAUGUGCAAGAAGCAUUGCAUGCUACCAAUACCAAUUGGACAAUUUCCAGCAAGUACGUUGGCCGAGGGAACUGGAAUAAUAUGCCUGUAACGGUUAUUCCUAUACUCAAGCGCCUCAUUGAAAAUAAAGUACACAUAUGGGUUCUGAGUGGGGACCUAGAUGCUGUUAUGUCAGUAACAACAACCAGGCUUGCAAUUAGCAGUAUGAAACUUCAUGUGGUGACGGCUUGGCGUCCCUGGCAUUCUGACCACACUCUACAGGAUGUGGGGGGAUACGUGGAAGGCUACGAGGGACUUACACUAGUGACGAUACGAGGAGCGGGGCAUGAAUUCGCUA